AUGGCAGACGAAGAUUCCACAUCCCCAAAGCCAUUUCGGGUCAUUGUUAUUGGGGCCGGUAUUGUCGGCUUGUCGCUCUCACACGCUCUACAACUAGCCAAUAUCGAACAUGUCGUCCUCGAAAAGCACGACAAGAUUGUUUCACUAAAAGGCGCAGCGCUGAUUAUCUGGCCGGCUGUCGCACGCAUCUUCGACCAAUUUGGUAUUCUCGAUAGAAUCACCAAAACCACGUCGCCCGUCGAUGCCUCUUACAAACGAUGGCCAGACGGAAGUCUGAUCUGUCGCGAUGAUACUAUGCAGGCUGUGAGCAAACUCUUCAAAAUACCGAGUAUCCUAUUCGAUCGCCAAACUUGCGUGUCGCACCUAUACGAGGGACUACCGGACAAGUCCAAAAUCCACACCAGUAGGCGCCUUGAACGUAUCGAGCAAACCGAUACGGGUGUUCGUGUCCACCUAGCCGAUGGCUCUAUCGAAGAAGGAGACAUGGUUAUCGGCGCAGACGGUGUGCACAGUCAUGUCCGGAAGCUCAUGUGGGACCACGCCGACAAGUUCGAACCAGGCAGCAUCCCCGAAACCGACAAACAAGUCAUGUCAUUCGGAGAAUACAGAGGUUUGUUUGGCGUCAGUACGCUACCCAACAAUGCUCAACUCGGCACCUCCAACACGAAUAUGAUUCUCGGUCAAGACGUUACCAUGCUUCUCUUUUCGCAGAUGGGAAGGGCUAUGUGGGGUAUCACUUUCAAAGACGAAUUUCAAAAGGCAGAGCAGAAAGGUAAAGCUACUGAGGCAGAGAUUGAGGCGGUGGCGGAGAGAUUCGCCGAUCUUCCUAUGACAAAAAACAUCACACUGGGCGAUAUAUGGAAGACAAACGAACGGCACGGUCUUCUCUACGUCGAAGAAGGCGUCCUGAGUAAAUGGCAUGCCGGGCGCAUAGUUCUCAUGACAGCCGACCUCGGCAUGGGCGCCAACAUAGCCGUCGAGUCCGCCGUCCACCUCUGCAACAUCCUGCACCGCGAAUUCGCCUCCAACCCCACCCGCCGCAUCUCCACCCCCGAUCUCGCCGCCUUGUUCGCCGAAUACCAAGCCGGUCGCCACGCACGAGCAAAAGAAUACGUCGAAACCAGCGGCAAGCUCACGCGCAUGAACAGCUACCAGUCACGCUUCAAUUACUUCUUUGCUGGGUAUUUGCACAAAUACAUUGUGCCGUCUCAGAAAGCGGGGCUCAUCGAAUCGCUGAGUGUGGCGCCUAAACUGGAUUACGCUCCGACAAGGACGAUUGACGAGAGUGCUGAGGGGUGGCACUGGAUGGAGAAGCAAGAGAUGAAGAAAGGGAAGAAGGGCGGUUGGUUCAAGUACAUGGUCUUGACAUCCGUUGUGGGGGUGACUGCUGCGUAUAUGGCGCGUGCUGGGGUACCAGCGCUGCUGAUGAAGUUGACUGUGUAA